ACUUGCACGUUUUUGUUACUUUUCUUUGUCAGAACCAAACAAACCAUUAGCAAAUCUGAGUGGCGGCGAGAGAUACAGUUAGAAGGGCCAGCCGGCCAGCAGCUCCACCGUCUUCGCUCUCACAUUCGAAAUCGAUUUAGAAGCAUAAUGGUGAAAGCAUAUAAACAAGAACACGUGUAUAAUCAUCCAUGGGAACGAGUAACCUCUGCAUCAUGGCGAAAAUUCACCGAUGCAGAGAACAAGCGAGUUUUAUCGCAUAUUCUAGAUGUAAACACAUUGAACACAAGCCUUGAUUCUUCCUCCGGGAAGCUUUACGCAACACGUGCGAUAACUGUUCGAUGUCCGUGGCUUGUAAGAAGAAUUAUUGGUGAGGAUAUUUGUCAUUGUGUUGAAUCAACUGUUGUAGAUGCAAAAUCGCGUUCGAUGCAGAUUAGUUAUAGGAAUAUUAGUAUGGAGAAGUUUAUUGAAGUGGAAGAGAAUACUAGGUAUGAUCCUCAUCCGGAUAAUCCCAAUGGAUGGACUGUUUGUCAGCAGGAGACUCGAAUUCGGAUUAAGCCUUUGUCCGCGUUGGCUUCUAUGGCGGAGAAAGUUGAGCAGCGAUGUGCUGAUAGGUUUCUUCAGAAUAGUGCUAAGAGUAGAGAUGUUAUGGAAAGAAUUUGCAAAUAUCUUGAGGCUGAGUCUAGCUCAUUUUCUUUGUGAUUCUCUGCGAUGUAACUUCGGAUUUGGAUUCUCUGCAGACACAAAGGUCAAUAAGAAGAUCAGAUGACUCGUAUUUUGCGAUGUAUUUUAAAUUGAUUUGGUGAAGAUAGUUAGUUAGACUACGAGCCGUUUGAUUUUUAUAUCUAAUGGUUAAGAUCUUUGUGUGAUUGUGUGGUUUCUAUGAUCUAGGUCACAUGACUCUCUUGUUCAUGUUUUGCACUUAUCUUUUGAAGCAUUGAUUAUGAUUACAGGCUAUAUUAUAAGUGAUUAUUUGUGA